AUGAAAGCUUUCCCGUUUAUUUUGCCCUUUGGGUCUUUAUCUUCUGCUCGCACCCAACUGGACCUCCUAGAGCAGCUCACUUCCACUAGCUCAUCUGUUGAUGGCUAUGAGAGUGAUGGUAGCUCUAUGAAACUUACAAUCCGAGAUCAGCUUGUGCAGUUGGUUGGGGACCAAGAUGAUGUUAUCAGCAUUCCAUUGGGUAAAAAUCUGAAGAAUGUUAGUCCCAAGUUCUUAACUACCUCACAGAAAAGAAAUAUCAAAAGACAGACUUACCUGAAUGAAGUGUCUCAGAGGAAUGAUACUGUCUUCUUUGCCACCAUUGGAGCAUCUGUAAUUUUUCCACCGCUUAUCAUAUUAGGAAUAGCUAUAGCAACUGGUUAUGUACAGCUUUUUCCAUGA